GUCUGUCGUGGCUGCGGCCGUGUCCGGGCGAUGUGGGCCCCGGAGGUGGCAGUCCUGAGGGGCUUCCCGACGGAGGCCGAGCUGCAGCAGUGGAAACAGGAGGGAGUCUCGGACGCAGAAAGUGGGUCUUUCCUCCACCUGCUGCUGGAAGGGAAUUAUGAGGCCAUCUUCUUACAUCCCUUGAUGCAAAACAUUCUAAAUUCAACAACAUCAGCUGAAGAAGACAUUGGUAGCUACCUUGAGAAGCAGAUAGUAACAUUUCUAGAUCACUCAACAGACUUGGACAGAAAUGCAAGGCAGCAGCUCAUUUUCCUUCUUGGCGUCAGCAGUUUGCAGCUUUUUGUUCAGAGUAACUGGACGGGCCCUCCUGCAGCUUUGCACCCACAGGAUUUCCUACCAGCUGCUCUGUGUCCUCCAGGUAGUGAGAUUGAAAACCUGGCAGCAGCAGCUCGAAGCCAACUGGUUCUGGAUGGAGAGGCCAUCUACAGCCUGGUGGCGGAGCCCAUCCUGCUGCUCCUGGCCCACGUUGUUCUGGUGUGUGUGGCGCCCAGACUCAGUUCUGUCCAGAGCCUGCCCUGGUGGACGCUGAGGUAUGCGGGUGUCCAUCAGCAGCUGCUCGAGGAACGGUCUCCACAGCUGCGUGCCCUGGCCGAGGACUGUGUGGAUCGAGUGACGAGACUGGAGCAUCUCUUUGUCAGUGCCUCGGGCCAGCGCCUGGCUGUCCAGUUCCAUCUGGAGUGUGCACAUCUGUUUCUGUAUUAUUAUGAAUAUAAGAAAGCAAAAGAGCAGCUGGAUCUUGCUAAGGACAUCAGCAAACUGCAAAUUGAGCUGACAGGUGCUUUGGGAAAAAGGACACGAUUCCAGGAAAAUUAUGUGGCACAACUUGUUUUAGACGUCAGAAGGGAAGAGGCUGCUUUUCCGAACCCUGAAUUCAGUCCGGCUGCCACCCCGAUGGAGCAUCUAACCAAGGACCUGGAUCUAGACGAUGACACAGUCCUGGACGCCAUCAAGCUGGCCGAGGGUGAGUCCUGCCCAGUGCUGGACCUAUGUGCCGAGGAGCAGGCCGUGGUCUUGGGGGUCUGCACAAAUUUCCAGAAGAAUAACCCAGUGCACAAGCUGACAGAGGAAGAGCUCCUGGCGUACACAUCGUGUCUGCUUUCUCAGCCCAAGUUCUGGGCCGUGCACCGAGCAGCCCUGAUCCUACGCACCAGGCUGGAGCGCGGCAGUGCGCGGCGCGUGGAACGGGCCAUGCGGCAGAUGCAGGCUCUGGCAGACCAAUUUGAAGACAAGACAACACCCAUCCUGGAGCGCCUCAAGAUCUUCUACUGCUGCCAUGUCCCCCCACAAUGGGCUAUUCAGCGCCAGCUCGCCAGUCUGCUCUUUGAAUUGGGCUGUACCCGCUCCGCGCUGCAAGUCUUCGAGAAGCUGCAGCUGUGGGAAGAUGUGGUCAUCUGCUACGAGAGGUCCGGCCAGCAUGGGAAGGCCGAAGAAAUCCUGAGGCAAGAGCUGGCCAAGAAGGAGACGCCAGGGCUGUAUUGCCUGCUGGGUGACGUACUGGGCGACCAGAGCUGCUACGACCGCGCCUGGGAGCUGUCAGGGGGGCGCAGCGCUCGUGCCCAGCGCUGCAAGGGCCUCCUCCACCUGCGGCAGCGCCAGUUCCGAGACUGCACCGCCUGCUUCGAGCGCUCGCUGCAGAUCAACCCCAUGCAGCUCGGGGUGUGGUUCUCGCUUGGCUGCGCCUACCUGGCCUUGGAGGAUUAUGCGGGGGCCGCUCGAGCCUUCCAGCGCUGCGUGACACUGGAGCCUGAUAAUGCUGAAGCCUGGAACAAUCUCUCAACUUCCUACAUCCGGUUGAAACAAAAGACCAAAGCCUUCCGAACCUUACAAGAAGCACUCAAGUGCAACUAUGAGCACUGGCAGAUCUGGGAGAACUAUAUCCUCACCAGCACCGACGUAGGGGAAUUCGCAGAGGCCAUUAAGGCUUACCACCGGCUCAUGGACUUACGGGAUAAAUACAAAGAUGUCCAGGUGCUGGCCAUCUUGGUUCAAGCAGUGGAUGGUGACAUGGCUGACCGCAGUGGAGAUGCCGCCUCGGGCCUCCGGGAAAAGCUCCGGACGCUGCUGGGCCGAGUGAGCACACGGGCACCCGGAGAUGCAGCCGUGUGGAGGUUGUAUGCCCGGCUCUGUGGCAAUGGGCACAGCGGACAGCCUGAGGACAUGGAAAAGGCGUUCCAGUGUCUGUCGAAAGCCUACAAGUGUGACACUCAGUCCGCCGGCUGGGAGAAGGACGUGGAGUCAUUCCGGACCAUGGUCGAGAAUGCUGUGGAACUGGCACGAGUGGCCAUCGCUUGCAGCAAGACCCGAGCCAACCCCCAGGAGGCCGUGCACACACUCUCGGGCGUCCGCCUGAACCUGCGGGGCUUGCUGGCGAAGGCCAAGCAACUUUUUACAGAUGUGGCAACCGGAGAAAUUGCUGCAGAAUUGACAGAGGAUGUGGCUGCCAUGGACGCCUUAGUCACGGAGCUGCAGGACCUGAGCAAUCAGUAUCGAAAUCAGUACUGAGCAGCCCGGACAGGUCCCUGAAAAGUGCUGCUGCCUUCUGGAAUUUCUCUUGACACCAGCAUCUCUGAAACACCAGAGAGUAGGGGCCAGAGUGGUAGCACAGCAAGGAGGACGUUUGUUUGCCUUACAUGUGGUCAACUCAGGUUAGAUCCCUGGCAACUGCUAGUUGUGGCUCCCUUCCAAACAAACAAAAAAUCCACAGAGUAAUUUUUUAAUAAUAAUAAUAAUAAGGGCCAGAGAGAUAGCACAGCACUAGGGCAUUUGCCUUACAUGCAGUCAACCCAGGAUGAACCUGGUUUCGAUUCCUGACAUCUCAUGUGGUCCCCUGAGCCUGCCAGGGGUGAUUUCUGAGCACAGAGCCAGGAGUAAUCCUUAAAUGCCACCAGGUGUGGUCAAAAAACAAAACCAAAAAAUAAUAAAAAUAAAUGUCUUUUAUAGUUGACAUUCUUGGUCUUGUGAUUUUUUCCAACUUUCCGCUAGACGC